CUGUGGAUUUUUGUAUCCAAGUUCACAGAAUUUGAUGCUCGGAAACUACACAAAUUAUACAAAAUGGCUCAUAAGAAAAGAUCUCAGGAGGAGGAGGAGCAAAAGAAGAAAGACGACAUGUCUGGCAGUAAAAAACCAUUUCGUCCAGAACCUUCAGGCUCGAGCCGGGAUUCUUUGAUGUCUCAGUCUCAUACACCUCACAACCUUCACCCUCAGAAGCUUCAUUUGCCUCCUUCCCAUGGACCACAGAUGCAUGGGCACCAGCGAGAUAACUAUGGUCACCCCAACAAGAGACAUUUCAGCAAUGCAGGUAGGUCCUUCAAUAUAGUUUUAGAACAGAUGCCAAAUUAAGAAUUAUUUCCAUUCUUUAAUGUCAGCAACUGAAUCUUUGCUAUACAUUCUUCUACAGUGCUUUGAAAGUCAGAAAACUACUCCCUUAUAAAGUUUUCACAGGAAUUUGUUCCAUAAUAAUUCUAGACAU